AUGGAAUAGUAAGUAAAGGAAGAAUUAAAUAUAGAUCUCAAGAUGACUUAGAAUGUCUCUUCAAACGCAGUUAAUGAUGGCAGCAGUUCAAACUCAGCUUCUUAAGUUUACAUUACCUUUGAGGAUUUGCCUUAGAAUAAUUAAUUUGUUUAUGAGUUGAUUGAUGAAGUCAACGAAUAAAACAAACAAAAAGUGUUUGAUAUAAAGGGAGAAUUGAGUAAUUCAAAUAACUGGAAAGCUCAGUUCACUGCUCUUGAUCAACUGCGUGCAUUAAAUAAGUUCCGUAGUGAGGAUUUUAUCACUAAAGUGUUUCCAAAGACUUUUGAUCUUGUGAUCGCAUUAAUAGAUUCUAUUCGCUCUAAUUUAAGCAAAAAUGCUCUCCUUUUAGUUAAGGAAAUAUUUUUAGUUAACAAAUUAUCAGCUUUAGAGCCAGAAGCUAUUCCAAUAAUUCUUAGAAAGCUUUUCGAUAAGGCAAUUAGCGAUAAGAUGUUUUUGAAGCAAGAAGCUAAGAAUGCCAUUCUCUAAAUGGAAAAAAACGAUGAAGCUCUUUUUGAUUGCAACUUAGGCGGUUUAAGCGAAUUGUGUUUCGACAAAAAUGCUAGCAUUUGUGAAUUAGCAUGUCAAUCUUUGCACAAUAUUAUCAUUUAGAAUAAGCACAAUAUAGAUAAAUUAAGUGUUGAUGCUUACAAUAAUUUAAUAGCAACUCUAUCCAAAUGUCUUGAAGGUAAAAGAGCUCUCCUUAAAAAGCUAGCCAAAGAAAUGUGCCAAGCAAUUCAUCAAUAAAAGGGAGACAAUGCCUUCUCGUCUUUAAGUUAACCUGAACAACAACAAAUUAUUCAAGCAAUUUCUUAACCUAAGAAUGAUUCAAAGCCCUCCUUCAGAGACUUCUUGGCUUAAAAAAAGAAAGAUCAAAUUUGA